AGUCAGUGCACUGCCCUCUCUGAACUGAGCUCAGCAGAGGCAGAGAGCGAAAGAGAAGGUGCCCACCGAGCCGCAUUUCUGCUUAUUAUUGUGUACUGCACACUGAAAAGAAACUGGAACAACUUUCCUUAUAUUUAAUUUUUCCAGAUGUCCGUAAAUUACAGUCCAGUGAACUCUGAGUGGACAUUUUGAGCGUUUUUAAGAGUGUUGAGUGUGCGGCACAGGUGAAGAUGGCGAGGCGACCGUCAGGACGAGCGUCGCGCGCACCGGUGCUCGUGUUUCUGCCGCUUCUGCUGCUUACCGGAACUUUAACGGCUCAAGAGUUGCCCAUCAACGGCGUGAACGGAUUCAGCUUGCACCCACCGUACUUUAAUCUAGCUGAGGGGACGAAAAUCACAGCCACAGCAACCUGUGGAGUGGACGAGAACGAGCAGCCGAUCCAGGACCUGUACUGCAAACUGGUCGGGGGGCCUGUGUCAGGGGACCCGAGUCAGACUAUUCAGGGUCAGUACUGUGACAUCUGCUCUUCGCAAGACACAAACAGAGCACAUCCCAUCAGCAACGCCAUCGAUGGCACCGAACGCUGGUGGCAAAGCCCUCCUCUCUCCCGCAGUGCCAAACACAACCAGGUCAACGUCACCCUGGACCUGGGACAGCUUUUCCAUGUUGCAUAUGUGCUCAUCAAGUUUGCCAACUCGCCCCGGCCAGACCUGUGGGUGCUCGAGCGCUCCAUUGACUUUGGCAAAACAUACCAGCCAUGGCAGUUCUUCGCCUCCUCAAAGAGAGACUGUAUUGAGCGGUUUGGCCAGAGGACUAUCGAGCGGAUCUACCAUGAUGACGAUGUCAUCUGCACAACAGAGUACUCUCGAAUUGUCCCGUUGGAGAAUGGAGAGAUUGUGGUGUCUCUGGUAAAUGGACGACCCGGAGCCAUGAACUUCUCCUAUUCUCCCGUUUUGAGGGAGUUCACCAAGGCCACCAACAUCCGCCUACGUUUCCUGCGCACCAACACACUGCUGGGUCAUCUGAUGGGCAAAGCCUUGAGAGACCCCACAGUCACACGAAGAUAUUAUUACAGUAUUAAAGACAUCAGUAUUGGAGGGAGAUGUGUGUGUAAUGGCCACGCUGAGGCCUGUAAUGCUAAAGACCCCAAUGAUCCCUACAAGCUUCAGUGUGACUGCCAGCACAACACUUGUGGCACGUCAUGUGAUCGCUGUUGCCCCGGCUUCAACCAGUUCCCAUGGAAACCAGCCACGACUUACAGUGCCAAUGAAUGUGAACCAUGUAACUGCCACAGACACUCAUCAGAGUGCUACUACGACCCAGAGAUCGACCAGCGCAGAUCCAGUCUGGACAUGCAGGGAGAAUACAUUGGCGGUGGAGUGUGUGUUGAGUGCCAGCAUCACACCACAGGCGUCAACUGUGAACGCUGUAUUCCUGGCUACUACAGAUCGCCUGACCAUCCUCUAGAGUCACCAUUCGCCUGUUCAAAAUGUCAGUGUGAGUCUGAGUUUACCGAGGGCACAUGUGAGGACCGGACCGGACGCUGUUACUGUAAACCCAACUACACUGGCGAGAACUGUGACCAGUGUGCAGAGGGAUACGAACACUUCCCUGAAUGCUACCAGGUGUUAAUCAACGGCGAGGUCAGACCUGCAGGAGAAAACAUCAUUGACUGCGAGUGUAAUGCUGCUGGCACUGAAGGAAACUCCUGUAGGCCGGACCCUCGCACCAAUACAUGUGUGUGUAAACCUGAAUUCACUGGGGAACACUGUGACACCUGCUCUCGUGGAUACUUCAGCAUCAACUGCCAACGCUGUCAGUGUUCAGGCCAGGGUUGCCUAGAUGGCUCCUGUGAUGCAGUGACGGGCCAGUGUGUGUGCCGGAGCGGGUUUCAGGGGUAUUCAUGCGAGCAGUGUGCACCAGGCUACUUCAACUACCCUCUGUGCCAAUAUUGUGGUUGCAGUGUUGCGGGAUCUGUACCUGAAAUGUGUGAUCCGGCCGGUCGGUGUUUGUGUAAGCCGGAGUUCACUGGUCCUCGCUGUGAUCAGUGUCAGUCAGGCUUCCACUCAUAUCCAAAUUGCCAAGUGUGCACUUGUGACCCUCGCACAUCUUUGGACUCCAGCUGUAGUGAGUUGGAUCAGUGUAACUGCAGACCAAACUACAGUGGCCCCAGAUGUCAGCAGUGCGCACCAGGAUACUACUCUUAUCCCAGCUGCACACCAUGUGAUUGCUCAGUGGAGGGCUCUCGCUCCAGCUCCUGUGACCCAGUGUCGGGACAGUGUGUGUGUCUGCCGAACAUCGAGGGUCAGAGGUGUGAUGGCUGUAGUCCUGGGUCAUAUGACUUCCCCCUUUGCCAACUCGGGACAUGUAACCCAGCAGGGUCUGUUCAUAAUGACAUUCUGCCCACUGUGGGCUCUUGUGUGUGUCGGCCAUAUGUGGAGGGAGUGGCGUGUGAACGCUGUAAGCCUCUCUACUGGAAUCUCUCUCCUGAUACAAUCUAUGGAUGCUCAACCUGUGACUGUAAUACUGCAGGAACUUUGAGCGAGGUUGCUGAGUGCACGCAGCACACCGGCCAGUGUUACUGUAAACCCAACGUGUGCAGCGGCACCUGUAAUGUGUGUAAGGAUGGAUUCUUCAACCUUCAGAAGGACAACUACUUUGGGUGCCAAGGCUGCCAGUGUGACAUUGGAGGCUCUGUGGGGCAGGCGUGUGAUGAGAGAUACGGCCGCUGUCGAUGCAGACCCAAUGUGGAGGGACCCAAAUGCAAGCAACCCCGGCCGGAUCAUUACUUUCCUGACCUGCACCAUAUGAAGUUUGAGGUGGAGGACGGUACCACUAUGGAUGGACGUCCGGUGAGGUUUGGUUACAAUCCACUGGAGUUUGAGAGCUUCAGCUGGAGGGGCUAUGCUCAGAUGUCCCCUAUACAGCCUCGGGUUCUGGUGGAGGUGGUGGUUGGCUCUCCAGACCUGUUUCAUGUGGUCUUGCACUAUGUGAACCGCGGGGGUGUGGACGUGACAGGACGGGUCUCUGUGGUUGAGGAUGGCAGACACGUCCUGUGUGGGAACUGCUCUGAACAGUCCAAACAGAUUGUCUUUGCCCCCAGUUCAGAACCAACGUUCGUGAACGUGCCUCAAAACAGCUUUGUGGAGCCAUUCGUCUUAAACCCGGGAACCUGGACUGUUAUCAUUGAAGCGGAAGGGAUUUUGCUGGACUAUCUGGUCCUGUUGCCCAGUGCAUAUUACGAGGCUCCUAUCCUGCAGCUUCAAGUGACUGAGCCCUGUUCAUACAGUCACACACAGGACCCCAAUCAGAACUGUCUGCAGUACAUGUAUUUGUCUCUGGAUGAGUUCCCGUCCAUCUCCAGCAAUGAUGCCAGCUGCAGGUCUGACAAUCACCUGCCCAGACCCUGCCACACUGAAAAGAUCACGCCUCGCCAUCCCAGCAUGGCCAUCUGCAGCGGCAAUGAUAUGAGCGUUUGGCUCCGUGGUCGAGUUCCUGUUCCUGGAGAGUAUGUGUUGGUGGUUGAAUAUGCCAGUGAAGAUCAAGCCCCUCAAAACCUCACAGUGUCUGUCAGCUCAGCAGGUGAAUCCACUCAUCAGGAGCAUAUAACACUGCUCCACUGCAAAUACAGUUUUCUGUGCCGUUCAGUGUCUGUUGAUGACAUGAAGCGUGUGGCCCUCUUCACUGUCUCCGCGAAUGCUGAAAUCCAGCUCAUUGCUGAAAGAAGCAGCUUCUUCCUUCACAAAGUGUUCCUCAUCCCUCGUGCUCAGUUCACCAUGGAGUAUCUGAAGCCCAGAGUUCACUGCAUCAGCACUCAUGGCCACUUCGCUCCAGACAGCGGCUCCUGCAUCCCGUCCCGUUUCCAGAAUCCUCCUCAGUCUUUGGUCCUGAAAGAGGGUCAGGCUUCUUCUGUCGCAGAGCCGAUUCUGGCUUCAGCCCCUGACCCAUCUCUGUAUGCAGACCAACCUAUGACCUCCACACCACCGACUGCAGCAGAUAAUACUGAACACGUGCUUCUGGACACUAGUCAGAACGCUGUGGUGUAUUCAACACGUGUUCAUGCUCUGGGUCGUUAUGUGUUCAUCCUGCAUUACCAUCAGCCCCUGCAUCCAACGUACAACGUCCAGGUCUACAUCAACGGAGGACGCAUAUGGCAGGGCAAUGUCAACGCAUCCUUUUGUCCUCACGGUUAUGGCUGUCGCAGUGUUGUUAUGUCAGAGAAUCAGAUCAUCCUGGAUGUGACAGAUCAUGAGGUGAUCUUGACGCUGCGUGUGCCUGACAGGAAGACACUGUGGCUGGACUAUGUGCUGGUGGUGCCAGAGGGCAGUUACAGCUCCAGCUUUCUGUCCGAGGAGCUGCUGGAUAAAUCCUACGAUUUCAUCAGCAACUGUGGACAAAACAGCUUUUACAUUAACCCCUCCUCAUCGUCUGCAUUCUGCCUGAGCUCUGCCGUGUCUCUGUCUUCCUUCUUCAAUAACGGCGCUGUGCCAUGCGGCUGUCAUGAAGUGGGUGCCGAAAGCGACACCUGCGAGUCUUUCGGUGGACAGUGCAGGUGCAAACCCAAUGUGAUUGGCCGAGACUGUUCCCAGUGUGCCACAGGAUACUACGGCUUCCCCAACUGCAGACCAUGUAACUGUGGUUCGCGUCUGUGUGAGCCUGUGACGGGUGAAUGUAUCUGUCCACCCCGGACCCUCCAGCCGGACUGUGUGACCUGUGAGCCUCAAACAUUCGGCUGCCAUCCUCUGGUGGGCUGUGAGAUGUGUAACUGCUCCAGGCCUGGAGUCACGUCAAUGGACAUCAGCUGUGACACAAACAAUGGGCAGUGCAGGUGCAGAAACAACAUUGUUGGCCGUCAGUGUGACAGGUGUUCCCCGGGUUUCUAUGGUUACCCCAACUGCAGGCCAUGUGACUGCAAUGAGGCGGGAACUGAGAUGAAUGUAUGUGACUCCUUCACCGGACGCUGUCUAUGCAAGGAAAAUGUGGAAGGCCCUCGCUGCGACCAGUGCAAGCUGGGAACGUUUCAUCUGGACCCCACUAAUGCUAAAGGCUGCACCAAGUGCUUCUGCUUUGGAGCCACUGAUCGCUGCCACAGCUCUGACAAACGCCGGAGUGAGAUUAUGGACAUGGCAGGCUGGGUGCUGAUGAGAAGUGACAGACAGGAAGUGCCUGUGUCCACAUAUCUGGAUCAGGAUCUAGUGGAGGCCGAUCUGAGCGAUGUGCCUGAUGUCUCACAGGACCUUCAUUGGCUCGCUCCUCAGGCUUACCUCGGCGAUAAAGUGUCGUCAUAUGGAGGUUAUCUGCGCUACCGUUUACAUACCCAGACGAUGCGAGGUGAUGCUUUCCUGAUGGUCGAAACCAUUCGGCCAGACAUUAUACUCAAGGGCAAUCAGAUGACUCUGGUGUACAUGGAAAGAGAAUAUCCCUCUCCUGAAGACCCCCAUGAGGGCAUCGUCCACCUGGUGGAGGAGAGUUUCAGGCACGCUCAGACUGGGAAUUCAGUGUCUCGUGAGGAGCUGAUGAUGGUUUUGGUGGCCCUGGAGUCUCUUCAGAUCAGAGCACUUCACUCUCAGUCGGCUCAGUCUGUGUCUCUGAGGGCUGCUGUGCUGGAGGUGGCCGAAAACCUGCCCUCUGGUCGCCACGCCAACAAUGUUGAAAUCUGUCUUUGCCCAGGAAACUAUCUAGGAGACUCCUGUCAGCAAUGUGCUCCAGGGUACUACAGAGACAACAAAGGGCUUUUCCUGGGGAAGUGUGUCCCCUGCAACUGUAACGGUCACUCGGAUCAGUGUCUGGAUGGUUCUGGCAUAUGUGUGAACUGCCGCCAUAAUACAGCCGGAAAUCACUGUGAGAAGUGCCUGGGCGGUUUUCAUCAUAACAACACUGUCGAUGGCCACUCGGUGUCCUGUUCCAGCUGCCCCUGCCCUCUGCAAGUGGCUUCAAACAAUUUUGCCAUACGCUGUGUGGAGAAGCCCAAUAAUAUGCGGUGCCUGUGCAUGCCUGGCUAUGCUGGAUCCAAGUGUGAGAGGUGUGCACCAGGUUACUAUGGCAAUCCAGUCGUGAUUGGCAGUACAUGCCAGCCGUGCAACUGCAAUGGAAACUCAGACCCCAACAUGUUGUUCAGCGACUGCCACCCUUUGACGGGCGAGUGUCAGAGCUGCAUGCACAACACUGCUGGACCGCACUGUGAAAUCUGCGCCCCUGGUUUUUAUGGUGAUGCCAUCACUGCAAAGAACUGCACCAGAUGCAACUGUUCUCCUUGUGGCACUGCACAUUGUGACUCUCAUACUGGGCAGUGCCACUGUAAGCCAGGUGUGGUGGGAGCUCGGUGUGAUCGCUGUGAGCAAGGCACAUUUGGCUUCGAUUCCUGCACUGGUUGCAGAAAGUGUGACUGUGAUGCAUCAGCCGCGUUGGUUCAAGCAUGUGACCCUGUUAACGGCGCAUGUUCCUGUCAGCCAGGUGUCAAUGGACCGAACUGCCACCAGUGUGCACCUGGUCACUGGAACUACAGUUCUAAUGGUUGCAGGAAAUGUGAGUGUAAGGGUGGUCGCUGUGACCCUCGCACAGGAGAGUGCAGAUGUACAACAGGUCUGACAGGGAAGCAGUGUGACACGUGUCUCAGUCAGCACAGUGUCCCUGUGCAGAAUGGAGCAGAUAUGCACUGUCAGCCCUGUGACAGCUGUGUGAUGGUGCUGCUGGAAGAUCUGGACAGGAUCAGUCAUUUUUAUGAGUCUGUUGCCAAUCAGCUGACCAGCCUCAACGCCAGCACCAUUGCCUGGACUCAACUAAACCGCCUCAAUGCCUCCAUUGCGGACAUUGCUAAUGCAAUAACAAACUACAACAGCACUCUAGACAAGAGCAGGAAUCGGGCCAGUGUGUUGGAGGGAGAGCUGGAAAUCAUCGACUCAGAUAUUAAAGACUUAGAAGAGAAGGCUUCAGUCACACAAAAGAAAAAAGAUGCUUUAGCGGACAACAUUAACUCCACACACACUAGAGCUCAAGACCUGUUUGGAUUCAUCAAAGGCAUCAUGAGAGAUGUGAAGGACAUUAUUCAGCAGGUGAAUCGGACAACGCAGAACGAGACUCAGGUGAUGGAUGAGAAGGAUCUGGCCAGGAAGAUAGCAGAGGUGGAGUCCAUGCUCCGAGACAUGCGCUUCAGGGGCUUUGACUUCCAAAAGAAUAUAGCAAAAAAUGAGCUGGACCAGGCCAACAAAUUGGUGGAUCGUGUGAAUAAUGAGAUUGCAAACCGGACGUGGAAUAAUGACGCUGUGGCAGAGAACAUCAGAAACAAACUGAAGCAGUUUAAUGAGCAGCUGAUGGACCUGAGAGAUGCAAUGAAUGAAGCCGUCAACAACACUGCACAAACUGUAGAGGCUAACAACAUUAACCAGAAACACUUGGAGGAUCUUCAGAAAAAGAUUAAUAGUCUACAUGAGAAACACAAAGAAGUGGUAUCCCAGCUGCAGAUGGCAGAGGAUGAUGUGACCCAAGUCAAUGACCUGCUCUCUAUGCUCCAGGACUCCAAAGAGGAUUAUGAGCAUCUGGCCGCUCAGCUGGAUGGAGCGAGACAACCCCUAGCUGAAAAGGUGCAGAAGUACGCCCCUGCUGCUAAUAAAAUACCCCUGGUGGAGGCUGCAGAGAAGCACGCUGAUAUGCUGGAUCAGCUCGCCAACAAUUUGUCCAGUCUGAUAUCUAGCUCCAACCAGGACGGUUUCAUACAGCGUGCUCUGAACGCGUCCCGCGCAUACACUAACAUUAUCAACAGUGUGUUGGAAGCUGAGACUACAGCUCUAAAAGCCAAUGAAUCCGCUACUAUGGCUCUGGAGAACAUACGGGACAAAAACCUGCCAGCACAAGCGGCUGCGCUGAAAAAUCAGAGCACUGAGCUUUUGAAGUCAGCGGAGGAACUGAACAACAGCAGUCAGAGUCUAAAGCCACGUGUGGACUCCAUAAAGAAGAGUUUACUUGAUGCUGAAAAGAAGAAAGAAAAGAUGCUUCAAGACCUGAAGGAUAUUCAGAAUAACCUCAACGUCAGCCGAGAUGACAUAGUGAACAACAUCUCAGCAGCUAAGAGUGCGGUGGAGCAGGCUAACAACACGGUGGCUAACGUUAGCGGUACGCUGGCUCCAAUUCAGAAGCAGCUGGAGGAAUGGCAGAAGCAGUACGGAGACUCCAACGCCACCAGCGACGACAUCAACAAAGCCCUCAAUGACGCCAACACAUCAGUGGCGGCACUGAGCGACACUCUUCCAAAGCUGAUCAAGAAGUUGGAUCGCCUGCAGAACACCACGUUUCAGCCGUCCAACAUCUCCGACAGCAUCCAGAGGAUCCGCCAACUCAUUGAGCAAGCACGCAAUGCUGCCAACAAGGUCAGCGUGUCAAUGCAGUUUAAUGGUAAAUCUGGAGUACAAGUGAGGACACCCAGUAAUGUGGCAGACCUUGCAGCCUAUUCAUCUCUCCAAAUGUACAUCAAGCUUCCCAGUGCUCUCAUUAAAAAGAAACGACAAACUGAAGCCACCAACCCCCAGUUUGUCCUCUAUCUUGGAAACCAAGACUCCAGUAAGGAGUACAUGGCAGUGACUCUGAACGGAACGAAGCUGCGCUGGCACUUUAAUGUGGGAGGAAGUUCAGUGGAUGUGCUAAUGGAUGAGGACGUGAAGAACGAUUACUUCAACAAACUCAUCCUGGAGAGGACUCUGCAGUACGGUCAGAUGUCUAUGACUAAGGAUCCGGAUGAGACCAGUAUAAUUAAACACACCAUGGAGGCAGAAGGACAAAAAGGCCUGCUUAACCUUCCAGCUGAGGAGACCGUGUUUUAUGUUGGAGGUUUUCCCAGCACCUUCAGUUUUCUGAGGGUCUUUUAUAAUGUUGUGGGAUCUUUGAUGCCUGGAUCAUUUACGUCAACAAAAAUCAGCAAUGCUGACAUUAAAUCUUUGCAUGUCAUCUUUCAACUUGUCAACAUGAAAAUGCUUGUGAGGCUGGAUCGUUUGACGCUAUACACACUUAACAGCGCUGAACUCAAUUUCACAGGAAAAUACUUCUUAGGGGGAGUGCCAGAAGCUCAGAUGCCCAAUGAUUUAAAGAGCAUCUAUCCCAAGCAUGGCUCCAUCAGGGGCUGCUUCAGAAGCGUAAAGGCCUUGAGGAGCUUUGUUCAAAUGAAGACCAUGCAAAGUUCAGGCAUCAGUUAUGGCUGUCCAGAUGACCUGCUGUUUACUCGUGAGGCUCAUUUCACGGGUGAAGGUUACCUGGGCUUGAAGAUGGAUUAUGUGGAUCUGGCAAACGGCUUCUACGGCGGCAUUGGCUUCAGAACACAACAGCAAAAUGGCCUCAUGUUUUACCAUCAAAACAAGGAUAACGUGUGUCAGGUGAUGUUAGACAACGGUCAUGUGCUGGUCAGCAGACAGAAGGAAGUCAAGUCUCAGAAGACGUACAACGAUGACAACAGUCAUUAUGUUGCAGUUUACCGAGACCAAAUAUUGAGCAUUUAUAUAGAUGAUGUGCUCGAGAGUGUUAGAGAAACUGGUAAUGUAGCUACUAGCAGAAACGCCACUGCAGGAGGGCUUACCUAUGUUGGCGGAACACCGGAGUCAGAUGGCUUGACCAACCUCACCGGCUGCAUCAGCAACUUCUUCAUCAAGAGGUUUGUGCUGCUGAGAAGACUUUUAAGAACGAACCCACAGAUUGUAGAAGAUCUGAAAACAGCUCUAGAGGGACGCAAAUACACAUUCACCUGCCCUGAUGCUUCAGCCCCACUGGAGAUAUUAGAUUCACCACGGCCAAAGAAGCAGAAUGCUCCUGGAAAUUCGAGAAGUCGAAUGGCUCGUGACUCCUGUCAGGGUGACAUGUCUGUUCAGGAGGUCGACGCCCACCAUUUCAGUGGCUCCACCCACGGCUACAUGAGAUUUGAUUCGCUGCCUCAAGCCUUUUAGCAAGCGCCGCACAUCUCCAUCAGUGUGCGCGUGAACUCCUCCAGUGGCCUGAUCUUCCAUGUGGCGGGAGGAAAAGGCCAGAGGAUGAUGGCGCUCUCUGUGUCUGACGGUCAUCUGACUCUGCUGGUCAACGGUGGGAAAAGGAAGACCAGCAUACGCAGCAAAAAGAGAUACAGCGACGGCCUGUGGCACACGGUGUUUGUGAAGGUGGAGGGCGACCGGGGGUCUCUGACUGUGGACGGCAUCGACACGCAGAACAAGAGAGUGUCUGCUGGAGGGAAGAGUGUGUUCGCUGCUCCGCUGUAUGUCGGAGGACUUCCUGUAGACCACAGCGCAGCCACGACUGGAUUCGUGGGCUGUGUUCGGGACCUGAAACUGAACGAGGUGUCUCUUCAAAACCCAUCUGUCAGUGUAGGAGUGACCCCCUGUUACCAGCAGCCCCUGCAACCCGGCGCUCACUUCUCCAGUCAGGGAGGAUUCAUGACCAUCGACGAGUCGCGUUUGGGACAGGACCUGGAGAUCCAGUUGGAGGUCCGUCUGGAUUCAGGCUCAGGGCUUCUGCUGCACACUGGAGCCAAGAAAACACACCAGCUGAGCGUCUAUCUGGAGCAGGGCCAGGUCACUGUGCUGAUGAACAGCGGUAGUGGAGAGUUUUCAGUCAGUCUCACACCUAAAGAGUCACUAUGUGAUGGAGGAUGGCACACUAUUGCAAUUGUGAAGAAGAGCAACGUCAUUCAGCUGCACGUGGAUGCGUUCAGUGAACACGGAGUGGCUCCCAAACAGAGCAGAUCCAACGGGGGCAAAGAGGCCGUGUAUCUAGGUGGUCUGCCAGACACCAUUACAGUGCCUGGUCUCCCAUCCAGCGUCCAGUCUUUCCAGGGGUGCGUGAGGAAAGCCGUACUGAACCACAGGCCCGUCAUGCUCUCCAAACCUCUGUCAGUGUCAGGAUCAGUGGGCACUCAGGGCUGCCCAGCCUAAUAGACCAUCAACCCAUACAUGGACUCUAUCCAAUCAUCAGGUGGUGGGUUUGCAUAGCGGCUAAUUUAAUCAGAUAUUUAUGUUCACUUUGUUUGUGUCGUUUUAAGAAAAGCACUGUGACGCUAUUGAUAAACAUGUUCGCAACUGCAGGGACCAGAUGUAAAGACAGAGCACUGGAUUCUAAUUAUUCACUGGUGUAAUCAUGACCAAACACCAUUAAAUGGGUUUAUAAUCCGACGACUUAAUUGUAUAAAAAAGGCAUUUUCCUAAGUCUAGGGUGUAUUUAAAAGUCACUCAUGAAAUGUUAUUCUUGUCACUUUUGUUAUAUCACAAUUCCAUCAAAUAGCUGUAUUUUUAUUGGCAAUAAAGAUCUCCUUUGUGUUUGAUGCA